UAUUUUGAAAAUAAAUUUUUAAAAUGUUUACAAAUAUGUAUAAAAAAUAUUUUCUACUUUUUUGAAUAACUUAGAAUAUUCUAACGAUCACAAGAGGAAUGCUGCAUAAGUACUAAAUUUAUAAUAAUUAUUACAAACGAGAAGGUUUUGAUAAACUCAUAAAAGGCAACCGGAUUCAAAUCGUCGCUGAUGCGAGAUUAUCGAACUAUUCAAAUUCGAAAUUUAGAUUCGAAAAUGAAUUCGCGUCGAAUCAAUUGUGAUUUGAUUUAAUUCGAACUCGAACAGUUCGCACAUCUCUGCCUCUCCCAUGACAGAGAAAAGGAAGACUAACUUCAAAUUUCAACAUAGAAUUUUGAAGCAUUUUCCGUUUAUUUCCCGCGAGGGGAAAAAAAAGAAAAAUAUCCGACUCGAGCGCAACAUGCGCGGACGACCGGAGCGCAUGCGCGAGAUUUAAUUGAACUCCACCGGCCACGACGGCGCAGAGUCUCGCGGAGCGGAACGUGGGAAUCCUGCAUCGGUACAAGGUCACGGGUGGUCGGACAUGCGUGCUCCGAGAACGGUCCAGUGAUCCUCCGCCUAUUAGCGCAUCUUCUGCAUCGCGGGGAGUUGAUCGCAAGAGGAAGAUCGCAGGACGCAAAGCAAGUGGUUUCGAACGUCGCGGCGCGCGUCGUCCCUUCCAACCUCACUUCUCCUCCUCCUCCUCCUUCUCCCUUCUCCUAAUUACUAUGCUCGUCCUUUCCGUUUCACUAUACGCGCGUAUCGAAGCAUGUUGCGCGUCCGUAGUGGUUGUGCGACGCGGGACGCUCUCUCCGCUGAAUGAAUGACAUAACUUGUGUAUAUAUUACAUAAAUAUCGCUUAUCAGGUCGCGCGAUACGUGCCUCGACUCGGGAGCGUCGUCAGUGAUCGUCAGUGCGACAGUGCCGGAGUAGCGCGAGUCACGCGGCGUCGAACGGGAGUAUAGGUGUAGGUGGUGGUGCGCGCGCGGAACGCGAGGCAAAGCGGAGAGCGGAGCGGCGCGGCGGGGCCGUGGCGUGGCGUCGCGCGUCGCUCUCCUCGCGGCGGCACGUGCGGCGGUUUUAAGCGGUCGAGUAUAGCAGGGGCCCGUUGAUCGACGCCAGCGAGCCAGCACCAGCAGCAGCGGCGGGCCGACAAUGGCCGCGGACGGCGACUACCUCGGCGAGUACUCGCGCUUCUUCGCCGAAUUCGUCGUCCGGGUGAACCCGGACGAUCAGCUGCCGGUGAAGGUGAGCGUCUACGACGUCAGCGAGAGCGAGCUCGUCGGCGAGAUCGUUAGCGUCACUUUGCAGUACCUCAAUCGGAUAUACUGUCCACCAAGCUUACAGUCUUACAUUGCACGUCUCGUAAUACAAGCGAUCAAAUCAACAUGCAAGAAACAGCCGGAAAUCUGCGGACUGAGACAGCAGGAAAAGACGUACGCGCCUCUGAAGCUCAUGCAAUCUGUCACGAACGAGGUGAACGAGAUCUGCAGGCGGUAUUUAGAUAAUAGCAGGCUGGCCCUCUUGCCGCCGCCCUCGCCGACGCCGCAAGUGACAGUGGGUAGCAUUAGAAAUGCCAGGAGAAAAAUGGAAGACCGCCACAUGAUCCUGCACGACUUGAAUACCAUGUUUAAUAUUCAGGAUGAUACUAUCGUGGACUACUACGCCGUCUUCGACGGUCACGGCGGACAGGAUGCCGCAGCGUAUUGCGCGACACAUUUGCAUCAGUAUUUGGUUGAAAGCGUGCACUAUCCUACGGAUCCGGAACGUGCGUUGCGCGAUGCCUUCCUGACUACCGACGCGCAAUUCUACGCGAAGUCAAGCACGCAGAAACUAAACGGUGGUACCACCGCGGUUUGCGCGUUGCUGAUAAAUAGGAAGCUGUAUAUCGCUUGGGUUGGCGACUCCAUGGCCUCGCUAGUUGCGUCCGACAGCGUGAAACAAUUAGUGAACCCUCAUCGACCCGCGAGAGAAGACGAGAGCGAGCGGAUUCGCAAUAUGGGAGGAGUCAUCGUCCAAUGUAUGGGUGUCUUAAGAGUAAAUGGAUUCCUCAGUAUAUCUCGAGCAAUUGGUGACGUCCCGUACAAACCGUACAUCAGCGGCGAGCCCGAGGUUCGAUGCAUAACUCUGGACGGCACCGAGGACUUUCUCAUAAUCGCCUGCGACGGAUUGUGGGACCACGUGGACCAGAGAACCGCGGCGCUCCGCGUCUACCGGCAGGUGCAACAGGAUCCCUACGAUCUCAAGCACGUGCAUCAGGCUCUGCUGCAGAGCGCGAAGCGCGCAGGCUCCCUGGACAAUAUCACUGUAAUCGUGGUGUUCCUGAGAUCGCCGGUCGAGAUCGCCUCGCGUACGAAUCCGCACUUGACGCAUCAAGCACCGAAUGGUCUAUUACUAAACAACAUGGAUCCGAAUAACCCGAUCCCGUCGAAUCACGAUCAGUUCGAUAUGAAUCCGUCCUACCUCAAGCAAUUGAUAGAUGCGCAAACCGACAAGGUGGAGCCACCCCCGUUCGACGUGAACCUGCUACUCGCACAACCCAUGUGCGGAAUGACCAGAAACGGCAAACACCGAGGUGACAACGACGACGACGACGACGAGGAGUACGAUUACACGGAUGUAGGUCCGGAGACCGAUGUGGACGCCGGCGAGGACGUGCUGGCACGCGGCAAUGCGUACCAGCCCCUCGCCGCGUCGUCGUCGCUCGAUUUCUCCCCCGAGACCGAGAAGCCGGCGGUGGAAAUCGACGAGAAGCAGCACAAGGAGGACGAGGACGACGACGACGACGACGACGACGACGACGACGACGACGACGACGAUGAUGAUGAUGACAAUAGAAACGACAACGAUUAUUCGAACCGCGACAACGCGAACGUCUGCCCGGUGGACUCGACGGUAAACGAUGGCGACGUGGACAAUCGUGUCCGACCGAGUGACAGAGACGUUCCGUGCGCCGUGGACGAUGAUGAAACGCCGCCGUUGCCGCAACGCGAUGACGAUGACGCGCGUGUCGUCGAGACUGCUGCUACCACGCAUACUACAACCGUCGUGGACGAUGACGGUGAGUCGCCACCCUCGCCGCGAGCUGCCAAACCUCAGCAGGAUGUACUGCUCGUAGCGGAGAAUGUAGCAGACAGUGAGGAUUCCGAGGACGAGUGGAAUUAUUAUCGUGUUGAUACGGACAAGAAGGAAACCUUACCCAUAUCUAUUACGACAGAAGAAUUUCACGAGGACAAAUUUUUCCAGCAAAAAGCACAGGAGAGUUCCGAAUCUGUCGUGCAGGAUAAACUGGAAGUUCAAUCUCCGGAAGCAGAGAACGAUAUUAAAUGCGAAGUAUUAGCGAGAGAUACCUCCUCGCUUAAGCUUAUCAACGUGGAUAUAAGCGACGAAAAGGAAUUGAGCGAGUCGAAGAAGAAUCAGCUUGUUCUAGACGUACAGGAAGAGAAUAAGGAUCAACAGGACAACAUGGAUUUCCAAUUGAAUCCCGAGGCAGCCGAGUUCGUGCCGUUAUCACCACCGUUAUCGGCACAGGUACCCCAAUGCUAUUUGCAAGAUUUUGCUAUUAGCGGCUCUCCCCUGAAACAAACGCAAACGAUGGAUGAUAUUCCCGUACCGAGUGAGAGCGAGUUCGACAAGGAAGUGUGUAAUCGGCCGAAGGAGAUAGAAGAUUUCUCGCAGGAACAACCUGCAACAGACCUGCAUCUGAAUAAUAGUUCGCAGAGUAUGGACGCAUCCGAAAUUUCAUCGACCAAAGCCGAAAUAGGUGAUGAUGAUUCCAUGCAUGUUAUGUCUACCUCACAGUGGCAAGCGGAUAUCUCGUCUCAGUGGAACGAAAAAACACAUGACAACUUGGAAUCCUCCUCCGAGGAGGACGAUAUUGUCACUAAGGAUAAUCCCAUGGCCAUGUCGCUCACUCCAGGUAACUUAAAGGCAGCGUUCGAGAAGGAUAUCGAUUUGAAUGCCGUACAUAUGUUGGACGACAGUUCAGACAGUGCCGAACAAGUGAGCACGCCACCGCGUUCACCCGAGCCGUAUGCAAGUGAGGAUCGCUCGCACGCACCCCUUUCAGAAGAUUUGGAAACGAAAUUGAAAAUACAGAAUUGCACGGAGGAACCUGUUGAUGUUCAAAACCUCGAAACCUGUUCACAAACAACGAUCGAUAACUCUGUAAGUAAGCAAUUGUUCGAGAAUGAUAAAACAAGCGUCUCUAAGGAGGAGGCAGUUGAUAUAUUUCGCGAAAUAGCCUUUGAAGAAGAACAUCCCCAAAAAAAUGCGAAAGAGGAUUCCGAUACAGAUGAAAAGAAGGAAAAAUUAAGUAAAGAAGAUGAAAAAGAACUUAUGGAAUAUGAUGUGUUCAGACCGACAAAUUUUGUAGGUUGUACAGGUUGUGUCCCUAAAACUUUUAACUUUAUUGAAGCUUCGAAUAUCUCAAUCGAAAACAAAUUGAACCCAUUUACUGACUCGACGGAUUUCUUUAAAACAGAAUCAUCAAUAGAGCAAUCUGAAAAUGCUACAUUCGAUCAUAAUAUACACGAAAGUAGUCAAGAAAGUAAAGAACAAAAAGAAGCUGAAAAGUAUAUUGAGAAUAAAGACGAUAACAAUAAAGAUAAUAACGUCGAACCAGACAGUACGACUGAAUUAAAUAUAUCUGGUUUGCUGCAAAAAUCUAGCUUUGCGGAAGACGCGCUGCAACAUGAAAAUCAAGUAUUUAUGGGACACGUACCAACAGAAACCACAAAACUGAUCGAUUUCAUCGAACAAGAGCAAACAGAGAAAAAAGCUGCGGAAUUUAUACCAACUAACGUUGAUCAAGUGAUCGAGGAAAAAGUCAUUUCUGAAAUUACUCUUCCGAAAGAGCAGGAGAUUGAACCACAAAAAACUACAGAACCAAAUGAUAUCGUAACGUUAGACAAAUCGAAAGAAGAACUCGCUGGAGUCGUGGAAGCAACAGUCGGAGCCGCUGUCGUUGCAACGGCAGCGGCCGCUGUUAUCAAGGCGAAAACGACGAGCGCGAAGCGUCCAACUACGAAAGCUACGACGACGAAAGCGACAACAGCGUUAACGAAAACGGCAACGAAAUCCACCACGCCAACUUCGCCCUCGAAAGCAAUUAUGCGAACAACUCCGGCAUCGUCACCAGCACAAUUAGCUGCGAAGAAACCUACCACGAGUACCGCGACUCGUCCUAAGCAACUGGACGGACCAAUCAAAACGACAGUCUCGAAUGCCAGCGGUAAAACCACAAAGGCGAUGACUACCAAGGUCACGACAACAGCAACGAGAACUAGUUCUUCUCCACGUGUAACCUCUAGUAUGAAACCAAAAACUACUACUUCAUCAAAGGUGAACAGCGCAGCAGCAGUUGAAAAGAAGUCGACGAUGAGCGGCGACACGAAAUCCAUCACUAGACCCACUAGCGCGAAACCAACGAGCUCCGCUCUCAGAACGACCACUGGCAUAACCGCAAAGACCACUCUACUCAAAACGACUACAUCAACGACUACGAAAACGUCGACAGCCAGCGUAACAUUGAAAUCGAGACCCGCGUCCGCGACCUCUGCUGCUAAGACCACCACAUCAACGACGUCGAAACAGUCGACGACCGUUACCAACAGCACGCCAAGACCCAGAACGGCGCCGGCUUCCGGUGGCACAGCCAAGUCGCGUGAAAGCGUCAGUAAAACGAUCACGACUACGACCGGCAAGUCGCCGUUGAUCGACAAGCAGAGCAAAGAGACGGUUAACAAGCAAAUCUCCCGUUCUGGAGCAUCAGCAACCAAGACUUCUACUGGUCGUACUUCCACCGGCACAGCCACUGGCGUUACGAGAACAACACGUACAUUGUCUGGAAAAACAUCGACCGGGAACGCGAUUUCGCCAACGAAGAAGACUACGACUACGACUCCGACAUCGAAGACCGUGACGAAAACCUCCAGCGCGACGAAGCGAAUAUCCUCGACUGAGAGUAAGGUACUGCAAAAUGGAAUUCCCAAGGAGAACGUGACUAAAACAGACGUCAUAACAGUAACGAGCAAGCCGGAGGACGACGUGCCGCGGAAGGACGCGUCGCCGGUGAACGUACCGACCGAUAAUCAGCUGAUCGCUGCUGAUUGAACGGUCGAUCGGGGUAAGCUGCGAACUGUGUCCGUCGUUUCGCGACCACAGACGCACACGUCGGCCUAGGGAUUAUACACGUCGAUUAUACAUCGCGGGUUUUUACGUGAAUCAACACACGCACACAUAGGUUUCUCCUUCUUAUUAUUGUUUAAUGGACAGAAACACGCGAUCCCCGCGCCGGAACAUCCGGAGAAUAGUGUUUAGGGAGUUAUUAUACAUGUAAUGUCAAACUGAAAAAAUUUUUUUAUUGUUCUUACAUGAAUGUGACGGAUAUGUUCGUCUAUCUAAGGAGAGAGCGAGGCAUACCCUAAACAUUGCUUUCGACAAUUGCUGCCUUAUCGUUAUGAGGAUCGAUAGUCUUGUUAUGUAAAUAUAUAAUUCGAAUGCGUUCUCAUGCGUCAUUAUUUUCAACUGAUUCGUGAGCCCGUCUGAGAUUGUCUGAGAGAGAAAGAAAGGAUUCAGAUGAUGCUCGUGACGGCCUGAAAAUGGACUUUCAAUUCUGAUACGGCAGUACGUUAAUCUUUAAUCUUUAACGGAACUCGAUAAAAUAUGUGGAUUUUUUACAAUUUUUUAAUUUUAUAUGCGCAUUAUUAAUUGAUAAAGGUUACUCGCGACACAAUUUUACUCGAUCGACAAAAAAGGGAAAGCAAAAGAGAAGGAGAGGAAAAGCGUAUAUUUAUUCUUGUUUGUUCCUAUUUUUGAAGUUGAAUUCAUUGCGAGAUAUAUAUUGACUCGUAAUCAUGAUAAUAUAAACUACCUAAUCUAUGUGUACAGCACCCUUAAUGGUUUAAUGUGAUAUCUUUACAGUACUAUUAAAUAAAUUCGAAUAACACACAAGAGAAGCCAGAAGUUUAUAUGUGUAUAUGAACAGAGAGAGAGAGAGAGAGAGAGAAAAGGAACGGAAUCCAAAAGUUCAGUUGAGAAAGAGAAGAUUCAAAA